GUAGGGUGAACAGAUUGAGCAGGAGACAGGGUGAACAGAUUGAGCAGGAGACAGGGUGAGCAUAGUGAGCAGGAGACAGGGUGAGCAUAGUGAGCAGGAGACAGGGUGAGCAUAGUGAGCAGGAGACAGGGUGAGCAUAGUGAGCAGGAGACAGGGUGAGCAUAGUGAGCAGGAGACAGGGUGAGCAGAGUGAGCAGGAGAUAGGGUCAGCGUAGUGAGCAGGAGACAGGGUGAACAGAUUGAGCAGGAGACAGGGUGAGCAUAGUGAGCAGGAGACAGGGUGAGCAGAGUGAGCAGGAGAUAGGGUCAGCGUAGUGAGCAGGAGACAGGGUGAACAGAUUGAGCAGGAGACAGGGUGAGCAUAGUGAGCAGGAGACAGGGUGAGCAAAGUGAGCAGGAGACGAGGUGAGCAUAGUGAGCAGGAGACAGGGUGAGCAUAGUGAGCAGGAGACGGGUGAACAGAUUGAGCAGGAGACAGGGUGAGGAAAGGAAGUAGGAAGCAGGAGAAAGGGUGAGCAUGUGACUGUGAGCAUAGUGAAUAAAGUGAGCAGAAGACAGUAUGAGCAUUGUGAGUAAAGUGAGCAGGAGACUGUGAGCAUUGUGAUCAUAGUGAGCAGGAGACAGUGUGAGUAAAGUGAGCAGAACGCAGUGUGAGUAUAGUGAGUAGGAGACAGUGUGAGCAUAGUGAGCAGGAGGCAGUGUGAGUAUAGUGAGCAGAAAGCAGUGUGAGUAUAGUGAGUAAAGUGAGCAGAAAGUAGUGUGAGUAUAGAAAGCAGAGGCUGACACCACACUCACACAGUAUUCACAAUACCAGCAGCUCAGACUUCCCUGGUUAUAGAGGGGAUCUGUUGUGCCCUGUAACAGCCCCUCCUCCACUACCACCUCCCCUCUUGUCGGCUGGUGGGAAGCGCUCCCAGACUGCCAGGUCAGUCCCGGCUUCCUUCUGUGCUGAUCCGUGGCUGAGCUGGCUCAGACCUGCCUUCCUUUCCCCUGCUCCAGCAGCCACCACCUCCUCCAGCUGAUCCUCCAGUCCUCCUCCAGUCUGCACUGCACAACUGUACCUUUCUCUCUACAAGAUGGCGGGGUCCCUUGUUGAAAGGGAAUCAAUGCAGUUGGAUGGAAGGCGUCUGAGCAGCCCCUUAGGGUCUCCUGUGCAAGCAGAAGUCUACUUCCCUCGCCUGACCAUUCCUUUUUGUGGCCACAUAAAAGGAGGGAUGAGACCAGGAAAGAAAAUAUUGAUUAUGGGGAUUGUUGGCGUAAACCCAGAGAGCUUCGAGAUCAGGCUGACAUGUGGGGAUUUAGGAGAACCAGCUGCUGACGUGGCUUUUGAUCUAAAAGCAGAUUUCAUUGACAAACAACUUCUCCGGAGAGCUUGUGUGUCUGGGGAGUGGGGAGAGAACGAAACAGCUAUUCCUUAUUUCCCUUUUAUACCGGAUCAGCCUUUCAGAAUAGAAAUACUUUGUGAACACCCGCGUUUCAGGCUUUUUGUGGAUGGACACCAGCUCUUUGAUUUUUACCAUCGAGUCGAAACACUAUCAGCUAUCGAUACCGUUAAAAUCAACGGCGACCUUCAGCUCACUAAACUUGGUUGAUAUAUAACAUGCGUCUGAUGCCACCAGCGAAAUGAGGGCAGCUACACCUACAGCAGAACUUAAGAGGAGCUCAGUUUAAUUCCUCUACAACCAGUGAUCUUGUGUUAACUCCAGAGGAUAACCGUCAAGCAAUAGUUACAGUGAGCCAUCUUUUUUAUUAAGGACAAUAUGGUACCUCACAGGUAGUUGUUAAAUAAAUUAAAUAACAAUGACCUACUUUUUUGACCUUGAGUACAACAAUUUAUUUUUUUUCUUAAAGCACUUCCUAUAUAUAUAUAUAUUGGUGACCUUUGUAUUUGACUUGAAAGGAGUGUUUGUCAAGAGUUCAGCAUUUGUGUAACAUAAUCAGCAAAAUGGUCAUAAGAAUAUUGUAAUUAUUGCAAAACAAUCAAUGAAAGCAGUUAUCAUCUUGAAAAUGUGAUGUCCUUCUCACUGAUUGGCUGAAUGUUAUUGUCUGUGCCUGUCAUUGGCUGCUGCCACUGAAUUUGUGCAUCAAUACGAACAACAAUUUUUUUUAGUAGCCAUGGAUAUCUACGGCUGACAGACAACUUCCCAUUGGUUUAAAGAAUAUGAUAGGCUCUUCACUGACAAUCAAUGGUGGAGCUCCAUGGAUUGAGAUUCAUUUUAAACAAUUUAUGAAUCAAAGUGCUGUGACGAUGAGCUAUAAAAAAAAACAAAAACCAAUUAGUUUUGUGUGAAAACAUGUUUAUGCACUGAAGUGAUUUAGCAUAGCACAAUAAUAUAUUUAUAUAUGGUCAGGGUAUUUGCAUAGAGUGUAGAUAAAGUUCCUUUGCACAGAGUGUUGUCUACACUUUUUAAAUGCUUCUAUGGUUAGGUUUAUUUAUCCAUUAUAGCCUGCAUUUGGAAAAGUAGGCAUUUUCUUUUCUUUUUCUUUUUUAUAUAUUUUUAAUCAAGGUAAAAUGUUAAACACUUUGAAUGUAUGAAUGUUCUUUUUGUGUAAACAAUCACUCAUAAGCAUCUCAUCUACUUCCGAUAUGUAUAGGUAUUUUGGAUAUACUUAGUUACACCGUGGAUACUGGCUAUAGAAUGUACUUUUCAUGCUUUUUACAUUUUUUUGUAUCAACACACAGAUUUUAAGACAAUGCUGCCAUUUUGUAAUUUGUUAAUUCAGGCUGUGAGUCCUAAAAACUUAUUCUGAAAAAUAAAACAAAAAAUGACAAAAAAAAA